ACUGUCAAAUCUAAGAGCUAUAAUAUAUACAUUACCUACAUCGUAUAGAAACACAAAAAGUAGUUGAUAUAGUAACACUACGGGUAUAACCGUAUAGUCCGCCUAGAGAAUUCAUAGAAACACCAAGUCAGUGUCGCGCUGCCUGGCGCCGGUGUUGGUUGUGUCCACGUCGGUUCGCGCGCAAAAAUUUGUGGCAGAAAACAUGAAUAAAGACGAGGAGCGCAUCAAAAAGUUAUUGGAGGAUGUGUCGACUCCAGAAAGUUCUGACGAUGGCAGUUUUUCUGAUACAUCAGAAAAAACGGAAACAGACCCUUUUGAAGAUAACGACGGGGAAUAUGGCACGGAUGCAGACUAUGUACCAAAUAGUGAUUCGGAUGACUCAGAAGCCUUGGAUGUAGAUGAGGCUAAAUCAGAGAAAGAUCCUAAAGAUUCUAAGGUUCAGCCCAGAUAUGUAAGGGCCAGUGAUAAUAAUCGCACAGAUACAGUACCAUCUACUUCUAGAUACAGAGCUACCUUAUUUGUUCCACCCUCUCCUUCGAUUUCUGACCAAAACAGUCCAAUACUACCUUUACGCCCUACCGCGAGCACACACAUAUCCAUAGAAAGUGCAUCUGGAAGUCCUGUAAUACCUCUUGGUAGUCCCAUUACAUUUCAUAAACCUCAAGAUAUCGUCGAACCGUCAGAUACAAUGAGUGUGAGAACGGAAAAUAGUUUUUCUAUGGGAUGUCUAAGCCUAUUAGAAUCAGCAUUUCCAUCAACUUCAGCACAAAGUUCCAGAGCUGCGUCCCCUGUAAUUCCUCUUCACGAAAUAUCGGGCCUUGCAAGUCCGGAAGAUCCUGUAGAUCAAAAUUUGGAAGAACAGGAAUCUGAAGGAAAUCCUGAUCUUCAGUUAUCUCAAAAUGUAGAAGCAGAGACACCCGAAGAAGAAUGGACUUGUACUACUGAACUAAUUCCAGAGUUUGGAUUUGAUAAUAACACUCAAGGAUUGAGAAUAGAUAUUAAUGAAAAUGCUACCCCAUUAGAUAUAUUUAGACGGGUAUUUUCUCAAGAGUUACUCGAAUAUUUAGUAGCCAGGACAAAUGCAUAUGGCGAUUUUUUGUCUAAUUCUAAUAAACCCCAUACCAGAAAUAGCCGAAACCAAGCUUUUAGAGUUGUAACAGUAAAUGAGAUGGAGAUGUUCUUAGCUUUGUGUGUGUUGCAAGGUCAAGUAAAAGGACCUAGUAAAAAUGAAGAAAUAGAAUCAGACCCGGCAAUCAAGAAGACAGAAAAAAUUGUAAUGGAAUUGGUACAGCCAUAUCUCAUGAAAGGCCAUCACGUCUUUAUGGACAACUUCUACAAUGACGUGGACUUAAGCCAGAAACAGGGAGAAGUUAAGGAGACUGACAUGCUGUACCGACUCCACAUGAAGUGGGAUAAUGGUAGGCUGACGAUGAUGCAGAUGCAGAAGCAGAGGUGGGGUCGCGGGGAUUUGUCCUCCGCGACCACAUCGCGGCCGUGGCGCUGA